AUCCAGAAUUAACUGAGAGAAAAAAAUCUCCCAUCCUCCUGCUCACAGAGCUAUGAUAGGGACCAGAUGGGUUAAUGACUAAGGAGUAGUUCUAGGCUUGGCUGUGGAACCUUGGGCAUAUCCCAUUCCUUACCUACACAAGGAGGUGAUUGGACCAGAGGGUGUCAAAGAUUCCCUCAAGCUGUGAUAUUCCAAAUUCUGUUCCCACCUUCUUUGAGCAAAUAUGUCUUCUCUUCCCUUUCCCAGAAGAUUUCACUGUGUGGCACUAACACCGGUUCCCCUGGUCCCCAGGGUACAGAGCAGAGGGGGAGCAGCUGGUCCUGCAAAGAGAGGUCCCAGGGCGGGGUUUUGAAUAGAUAGAAAAGAGGGUGCUAGGCACAGUCAGGGAGAAGACUGAACAGGAGUUCAGUCCUUUGGUUCCUGCCAGCACAGGUGCCAGCAUAGGUGGGCACAGCCAUGGACCCCAUCACGCCUCUCCACUCCUUCAUCCGCCAACAGCCUAACUGGACUGAGAUCGUGAACAGGAAGCUCAGCUUCCCACCUCCACUCCUGGGUGUCAUCCAGGAGGGCCGACUGGGCCUUGUGCAGCAGCUGCUGGAGUCAGGGGUUGAGGCCACAAGGAGUGGGCCAGGCUGGCCCCUGUGGAAUGUGGAAGGGGCUGAGGACCACUCCUGGAGGGAGGCACUCAUCCUGGCUAUCCGCCUGGGCCGUGAGGCCAUCACCGAUGUGCUGUUGGCCAGUGUCAAGUUUGACUUCUGCCAGAUCCACGAGGCCCUGCUAGUGGCAGUGGACGCAAACCAGCCAGCAGUGGUGCGUCGCCUGCUGGCCCGGCUGGAACGGGAGAAGGGUCGCAAAGUAGACACCAGGUCUUUCUCACUGGCUUUCUUUGACUCAUCAAUUGAUGGCUCCCACUUUGCACCUGGUGUGACUCCCCUCACCCUGGCCUGCCAGAAGGACCUGUAUGAGAUAGCACAGCUGCUCAUGGAACAGGGCCACACCAUUGCCCGGCCCCACCCGGUCUCCUGUGCCUGCCUCGAGUGCAGCAACACCCGCCGCUAUGACCUGCCGAAAUUAUCUCUGUCCUGCAUCAACACCUACCGUGGCAUCGCCAGCAGGGCCCACCUCUCACUGGCCAGUGAGGACGCCAUGCUGGCUGCCUUCCAGCUUAGCCGUGAAUUCAGACGCCUUGCACGCAAGGAGCCUGAAUUUAAGCCUGAGUACAUUGCCCUGGAGUCACUGAGCCAGGACUAUGGCUUUGAGCUGCUGGGCAUGUGCCAGAACCAGAGCAAGGUCCCUGCAGUGCUCAACGACCUGGCUGAGGACAGCGAGACUGAGCCCAAGGCUGAAGGCCUGGGCCUGGCCUUUGAGGAAGGCAUCCUCAACCUGGCGAGGCUGCGACUGGCCAUCAACUACAACCAGAAGUGGUUCAUAGCACACCCCAUCUGCCAGCAAGUCCUGUCCUUCAUCUGGUGUGGGAAACUGGCUGGUUGGCGUGGAAGCACCACCAGCUGGAAGCUCUUUGUUGCCUUCCUCAUCUUCCUCACCAUGCCCUUCCUCUGCCUUGGCUAUUGGCUGGCACCAAAGUCGCAGCUGGGCCGCCUGCUAAAGAUCCCAGUAUUGAAGUGCCUGCUGCACUCUGCCUCCUAUCUGUGGUUCCUCAUCUUCCUGCUGGGAGAGUCCCUGGUCAUGGAGACACAGCUGAGUACCUUCCGUGGCCGCAGCCAGAGUGUCUGGGAGAAUUCACUACACAUGAUUUGGGUCACAGUGCGAGGUGGGAAACUACCUUGGUGUCAUGGCAGCCCCCAACUACUGCAAGACAGACUCUCCUGGAAGUCAUGGAGCAGAAAGGCUCACAGACCAAAUGAAAGGACUCAAAUCAUACAGCGAGUUAAAUCCGUAAGUGGUGUAAUUAUGAUGGUGUUUUUCAAUGAGACGUUUCAGUUUCUGUUCUGGACCAUGUUCGGCAUGGAAGAGCACAGCGUGGUGGACAUGCCUCGGUUUCUGGUGCCCGAGUUUGGAGGCCGGGCCCUCUAUGGCAUCUUUACCAUCGUCAUGGUCAUUGUGCUGCUCAACAUGCUCAUUGCUAUGAUCACCAACUCCUUCCAGAAGAUUGAGGAUGAUGCUGACGUGGAGUGGAAGUUUGCUCGCUCCAAGCUCUAUCUGUCCUACUUCCGAGAGGGCCUGACACUGCCUGUGCCCUUCAACAUCCUGCCCUCCCAGAAGGCUGUCUUCUACCUUCUCAGGAGAAUUUGCCAGUUCAUUUGCUGUUGCUGUUCCUGCUGCAAAACCAAGAAGCCAGACUAUCCCCCCAUCCCUACUUCUGCCAAUCCCAGGGCAGGGGCUGUGCCUGGGGAGGGAGAGCGUGGAUCCUACCGCCUUCGCAUCAUCAAGGCCCUGGUACAGCGCUACAUAGAGACUGCCCGGCGCGAAUUCGAGGAGACCCGGCGGAAAGACCUGGGCAACAGACUCACAGAGCUGACCAAGACCAUAUCUUGACUGCAAAGCGAGGUAGCCGGUGUGCGGCGAACUCUGGCAGAGGGAGGGACACUCCGGCCUCCCGACGGUGCCAGUGUCCUCAGUCACUACAUCAUCCGAGUGCACAACAGCUUCCAGAACCUGGGGCCUCCCAUCCCUGAGACCCCAGAGCUGACAGGACCUGGGAUUGUGGGGACCCAGGAAUCAUCAGGAACCGGGCUUCAGGACACUGGAGGGGUGACAACUCUGGCUUCUGGAGAGUCUGGCCCUGCUCAUGUGCUAGUGCAUAGGGAGCAGGAAGCAGAGGGGGCUGGAGACCUGCCUCAGGGGGAGGAUUCGGGGACUGAGAGGAGGUCCUGA